AUGCCAAGAACAAAUAAAGCCAAGUGCUAUAUUAGAAUCAUAUUUGCUGAGCCGCUCGUCUGUGUUCCAGGAGCAGAAAUAGAAAUGUCCUCAGCAAAACCAGCCAUACCUACCCCACUGGCUGAUUUGAAAAUUCAGUAUACUAAGAUCUUCAUAAACAAUGAAUGGCAUAAUUCAGUGAGUGGCAAGAAAUUUCCGGUCAUUAAUCCUGCAACGGAAGAGAUAAUUUGUGAGGUAGAAGAAGGAGAUAAAGCAGAUGUUGAGAAAGCAGUGAAGGCCGCAAGACAGGCCUUUCAGAUCGGCUCUCCAUGGCGUACUCUGGAUGCUUCAGAGAGGGGUCGCCUCCUGUACAAGCUGGCUGACUUAACUGAAAGAGAUCGACUGCUGCUGGCAACAAUGGAGGCAAUAAAUGCUGGACAAUUAUUUUCUACUGCGUAUAUGACGGAUGUAGAAAUCUCUAUAAGAGUAUUACGCUACUUUGCAGGCUGGGCUGACAAGAUCCAGGGCCGCACCAUACCUGUAGAUGGAGACUUCUUCACUUAUACAAGACGUGAACCUAUUGGUGUAUGUGGCCAAAUCAUUCCUUGGAACUUCCCAUUGGUUAUGCUGGCCUGGAAGAUAGGGCCGGCCCUGAGCUGUGGAAACACAGUGGUUGUCAAACCAGCAGAGCAGACGCCCCUCACUACUCUUCACCUGGCGUCAUUAAUUAAAGAGGUAAGCUUCCUGGGUCAAAGCACGCACAAGAAUGCAAGAGCCCCAGGGGCAGCCAUCCCCUCGCACAUGGACAUUGACAAAGUAGCCUUCACAGGUAAUGCUAUUUAUUCAGCCUGGCCACUAAAAAUGGCCAUGUCUCUAACUCUUCGAAGGAUGUUUAUAUGUAAGAGUAGAAAAAACUUGCGUUCUUCAUCCCUAACUGAAAUAAGGAAAGAUCAAUCCAUCCUUCAUGACUUUCUGUGGACAGUUGAGAAUGUUCAGGAAGUAGCAGUAACUAUUGAAAUGACUGAAACCGUAGCAGAGAAGAACCGUGCUGGCUCAAUUCAUGCGGGCUGCGUGUUCCCACUCAGGUUGACAAUUGAUUAUUUAACUAUCAGAGUCCUUCUCACGUGGAAAGGAGGAGUAUUUUCUGGAGUAAGUCGGUGUUCUGAAGCCUGGCCUGGAAACACUGCCUUUUUCAGCCAGCGGGGCUCUGCACAGGUGUUUGCCAAUGAUACUGAUAAGACAUCCAGUCCCAUCACUGCGGAGAUCUGGCCAGGGGAGCACAUCAUGGUGGACAAUUUGGUGACAGGAAGAGACUGGAGUCCCAGAGUCCCCUUGGGCUCAGUGGCCUCAGUGGUCUGA